GUAAAAAUGCCGUUAUUGCCUCGAUGUGAAGUUCAACUUUUGUUUUCGUCUUUUUAGUGCCUUCAGUAUCAGAUCGAUCGGUAGAUAGCCGUUAUAAGAACCUUUGGUAACGACCGAUAUCUCAUUUUUGAUUACAAUUCUUACGAGUGUGUGUAAACUUGAACAUCAAACGUGAGCUGCUUGCUUACCAAUUCAUGAAUCAUUGUUGAAUUAUUGGUAACUAUUUUUGUUACACUUUAGAAAUGUUCGUAUUGGUAAAGAAACUGAUUUGUGUAUCACUGAUUCUAACAACUUUAUCCCGUCUCACCGAUGGAGAUGGAGAAAAACGCUCGACAAGAAGAGGAAAACUGUUUUUUCCAGUCACCUAUCAACCUCACAGGGAUGAUAGUAUUUAUGGAGAUCCCAUCAUGGCCGAAAAUGAAAACUUCGACUUCAUUGUUAUCGGAUCCGGACCCUCCGGGUCAGUGAUCGCGAAUAGAUUAACAGAAAUUCCGGAAUGGAGAGUACUCCUGCUAGAAGUGGGCGGUGAAGCCCAUCCGUUGAGUGACAUACCUUUUCUGGCAGGAUCUUUCCAAUUCACUGAUUACAAUUGGGGCUACACCACGGAACCGCAAAAAGGAAACCUUUCGUGCUGGGGUUGUCCGCAGAACCGGAUGUGGUGGCCUCAUGGCAGAGUUCUUGGCGGUAGUACGGUCACAAACUAUAUGAUCCAUGUACGUGGUAACCCUCUGGAUUACGACAAAUGGGAGAAAAUGGGCAAUCCAGGAUGGUCAUAUAAAGAAGUAUUGCCUUACUUCAAAAAAUCGGAAGACGCCAAUAUAGCUCGAGAGGAUCCAGGAUAUCAUAUGAGAGGGGGUUAUUUAAGCGUAAGCGAUGUUCCGUACAGAACCGAAUCCGCCCAUGCUUUCGUGAGGGCGGCCCAAGAAGCAGGUUAUAGUUACGUGGACUAUAACGGAAAGAGACAAAUAGGGGUUUCAUAUGUACAAUCUACAACCAGACAAGGAAAACGACUUUCCGCAGAGGCCGCAUUUUUAAGACCAAUUCGACACAGAAGCAAUCUGAAAAUACUGAAAAACUCCAGGGUUACUAAAAUACUGUUCGAUGAUGGAACAAAAAAAGCAUAUGGUGUUGAAUACAUCAGACAUAGGAAAUAUCAUGUAGCUACUGCCCAAAAAGAAGUCAUUUUAUGUGCAGGCGCUUUAAACUCCCCACAACUGUUGAUGCUGUCCGGUCUGGGUCCGACUAAACAUAUGAAGAAGUUAGGAAUACCUCUGAAACAACACUUACCGGUUGGACAGAAACUCUUUGAUCAUAUCGCAUUCGCUGGACUGAAUUUUUUAUUGAAUGACAGCAUAGUUAUAGAACAAGAAAGAGCGGUAUCUAAUCUGGAUAACUUUGUGCGCAUAAAAUAUGGAGAAGGAGAAUUCACAACAAUUCUUGGAGGCAUGGAAGCGUUAGCGUUUAUGAAAACCAAUAUAUCUACCGAGUCCGAUUCGUCUCAUCCAGACAUUGAACUGUUACUAUUCGGCGGUGGAAUCAGUGCAGAUAAAGGAUCAGUUCUUCCUAUAUUGCUGCACCCAAAAUCGCAUGGCUUCGUGAAACUGAAAUCAACGAACCCGUAUCACUGGCCGAAGUUCUAUACGCGCUUUCUCACCGAUUCUGAAAAUCAAGACAUAAAAACGUUGGUUCAAGCAAUACGUGGGGCACAAAAGAUUUUCAGAAGUCCGUCUCUGCAGAAAUACGGAGCCACCCUAGCUAAUUUGCCAAUACCAGGUUGCCAGAAUUUCAUGUUUGACUCAGAUGACUACUGGACAUGCGCCAUUAGACAAAUUUCAGCAACCAUGGGCGACCAGACUUCCACUUGCAAGAUGGGCCCUCAAAACGAUCGGGAGGCAGUAGUCGAUUCGAAAUUGCAAGUUUACGGCGUUUCGAAUCUACGAGUCGCCGACGCCAGCGUAAUUCCACUACCUCUGGCCGCCCAUACCGCAGCACCAACUUACAUGAUAGGAGAAAAAGCUGCGGAUAUGAUAAAAGGCAAAUGGUUGCAAAAGAGUUGAGCAUUUCUGGUCCAGUGAUGUGAAAACAAGCUUUGAUAAUUGUUUUGAGUUCAUUUUUUUAAUUUAUUGACCUACUUGUAGAGUCUAGUGGAAAAACGAGAUCGGGUUCCAUAUUUUGGCAGAAAUGAGAUUUAAGUGAUAUCUGCUGGUUAGUAACAUGAAGUAUUAACACACCCAACGACAAACGGAAAAAACAAUCGAAUAGGCUUGUUUCGUGCUAUUGAAGACUAUACUGGUUUGCUUAUAGACUGAUCGAGUUAGGGGUAUAUUUUAUUUAUCAAGCCUAAUCGGCCCUAAUACCU